AUGGUUUCCAAAUUCUGGCCUAAAGGAGGUAUUUCCGGUAUCUUACAUCAUUAUACAGAGACUCUCGUCACCUUUGAAUACAGUUCCAGCGCCUUUGUUCAACCUCAUAGCCUUGUUUUUAUUGGCGGCCUCGGAGAUGGCCUUGCAACAACGUCGUAUAUGUCCGAUCUCGUCCGGGCAUUGCAGCCAACGGAAUGGUCCCUCUUUACAUUGAAUUUGACUUCAUCAUACCAAUCCUGGGGCCUUGGACAUCUGGACAGAGACACAGACGAAAUUGCCGAAUGUGUUAAAUAUAUCAAAGACUAUAAGAAAAGCAAAUUUGGUUCGGGGAAAAUCGUUCUCAUGGGGCAUUCGACCGGAAGCCAAUGUGUUCUCCACUAUCUAUCCCAGCAAAAUCCUCACACAAAGACACACAACUUUGAUGCGAGUCUUGAGCAUGUUCAGCGCCUUCCCAUUGACGGGGCGAUUAUGCAGGCACCUGUCUCAGACCGAGAAGCAAUUCUCUGGGUUUUGAAGGAAGGAAUAGGAGGCAGGUCGCCUAACGAGGUUCAAAAAAUAUACAGAAAACUAGAAGUCAUGGCUAAAGAAGCUUGUCACACUGAUGACGAAUUUGAUACCAUUCUGCCUUUGUCAAUGACUUCACAGAUUGGUUAUCCCGCCAACACGCCAAUCAGCUGUCGAAGGUUUUUGAGUCUCAAUAGCCCCGAGAGUCCUGCAUCUCCCCAAGAGGAUGACUUGUUCAGUUCAGAUUUGGGUGAAGAGCAGCUACGCCAAACAUUUGGGAUGAUUAAGCAACGACGGCUUUUGAAUGGUAAAUUCAUGGUAUUAUUUUCCGGGGCAGACCAAUCCGUCCCAGACUGGGUUGACAAAGAAAAAUUACUAUUGCGAUGGAGGAAUGCUACUGAUCACAACGGGGAGGAAAAAAUCUGGGAUCAAGAUCGAAGCGCAGUUAUACCUGGUGCUUCUCAUGCCUUGAGCAAUGACGAUCAAGCGGAGCCACGGAAGUUCCUGGUUCAAAGAGUACUGGGAUUUCUACAAUCAUCAGUGGGACAACCCCCGAGGUUUAACGCACCGGAAGUGUGA